AAUUCACUAUCAGUUUCGAAACCAUAUCGUAAAAUGGGAGUGGGUGAAUUACUUCUUCGAACCGUAGAGUCGUUUGCAAAAUCAGAAUUAGGGUUUAAGCAAUGUAUUUUAUAUAGUAGAAUUGAUAAAAUAGAAUGGUAUGAAAGAAGAGGAUUUAUAACUUUUAAUGAAAUCUUAAUUGAAGAAGGAAUAGAAUAUUAUAAAAUGGGAAAAGAGAUUUGA